AAGCUACCAGAUAGAAGAACCCGGAUGGGAUGUACGUGCAACCAUGAAGAUGACAGGGGAAAACAGUGCUGGAAAUUUGGAAAUAACAAUGGAUGACGUUAAAAACCUGAUGAAAAAGAAAGAUGAAAUUGAAGAACAGAUAAAGGCUUAUUAUGAUGUGUUGGAAGACCAAGGUGUCGGAGUUGAAGGUUCCUUGGUGGACCCGGAGGGCUUCCCCCGAGGAGAUGUUAAUGUAUACCAGAUCAGGACAGCAAGGCACAGUAUUUCAUGCCUGCAGAAUGACCACAAGGAUGUGAUGAAGGAGAUAGAAGAAGCCCUUCACCAGCUGCAUGCUCGAGAGAAAGCCAAGCAGGGCGGGGACGCAGCAGGAGGCCAGGAGGAGCCCAUGGAGCAGCAGGUCACUCUUCAUGCUCCCUUUGCACGGGUGGACGCUGUCACACAGGGCUCUCCUGCCUGUAAAGCUGGGCUGAGAGUGGGUGAUGAAGUCACUGAGUUUGGUUCUGUGAACACGGGGAACUUUCAGAACCUGCAGAAUAUUGCUUCUGUGGUGCAACACAGUGAAGGGAAACCAUUACGUGUCGCAGUCAUCCGGGAUGGCCAGAGAGCUCAGGUGAGCCUGACUCCACAGCGAUGGACCGGCAGAGGUCUGCUGGGAUGCAACAUCGUCCCAAUCCAUCAAUGAGCCCCAUGACGAACAGAAUUUCCUCUGUGAAACCUCCUCCUCCACUUCUGUGAAUCCUGUAUGGUUUUAAACUAACUUUGUACAUACUGCAAACAUUUACACCUGUUACAUUUCUCCAAA